UGUUCAUCUUUUAAGAGCUAAAGCUCACAUAUCAUUGUCUACUGUCUGGGUAGGCAGCUCAAGUUUAGAGAGGCUUUAUGGCUUAAUAAAAUGUAGUUUUCCAACACAUGAGAGCGCAGGCGCAUCAAUUUGGCAUAAAGGAGCCAAACCUCACAUGGACUCUCCAUUUGCGCACAGGAUGUGCUGGAGAGGAAUAUCACCGGACCAACAAUAUAAACCGUAGUCAUGGCAAUAUGUGGAGACUUGAAUUUCAAAAUGCGUACGAAGUGAUUUGAUAACAUGUCUGACGCAACAUUAACUCCGACACUCGAUGUAAAGUUUCUGGGUGACUCUCCGGAGCGCAACAACACCAGCACCGCUCCGGAACAUCCACACUUGCAUUCAGGCAUCAUUAUCGCCACCGUUUACGCGCUCCUCAUUACUGCUGGACUUAUCGGUAAUGUGACUCUCAUUAGAACGUUUUGCAUCGUGAAAUCCAUGCGCAAUGUCCCCAAUCUGUUCAUGUCGAGUCUCGCUCUCGGAGACGUGCUGCUGCUGGUCACCUGCGCGCCCGUGGAUGCCAGCAAGUUUCUGGCGGAUGAGUGGCUCUUUGGGCGGAUAGGUUGUAAACUCAUCCCGUUCAUCCAGCUGACGUCGGUCGGAGUGUCGGUGUUCACGCUCACAGCGCUGGCAGCGGACAGAUACAAGGCCAUUGUCAAGCCAAUGGAUAUCCAGGUAUCUAAAGCUUCGCUAAAGGUCUGUCUGAGGGCUGUGUCGAUCUGGCUGCUCUCCAUGGUCCUGGCCAUUCCUGAGGCGGUGUUCUCCGAUCUCCACACCUUCCACAUCCCAGAAACCAAUGAGACUUUUAAAACAUGCGCCCCGUACCCUCACGCUGGAGACCUGCACCCUAAAAUCCAUUCCAUGGCCUCCUUUCUCAUUCUGUAUAUCAUUCCUCUCUUCAUCAUUUCUGUGUACUACAUCUUCAUUGCCAGGAGUCUGAUUGAGAGUGCCAUUAACAUGCCUGUGGAAGGAAAUGCACACAUUCGGAGGCAGAUUGAGUCACGGAUGCGGCUUGCCAAGACAGUGCUAGUGUUCGUGGGUCUUUUUGCCAUCUGCUGGCUCCCCAACCAUGUGAUUUACCUCUACCGGUCCUACCACUACACAGAAGUGGACACCUCAAUGGCCCAUUUCAUCUCCAGCGUGUGCGCACGUAUCCUUGCCUUUACCAACUCUUGCGUGAAUCCCUUCGCUCUCUACCUGCUCAGCAAAUCCUUUAGGAAGCAGUUCAACAAGCAGCUUUGCUGCUGCUGCCCGUCCAUCUCUCUGCGUUCACAAAGCACUAGGCGUAACAACACGCGACUGAGCUCACUCAAAAGCACCCAGAACCACUCUGUGGCCAGCUUCAGCCUUGUCAAUGGCAACGCUGUCUGCCAUUAGAGCUAAACAGGCAUAUUUAACUUCAGAAAUAUAAAUAAUAAAUAAUAUAUACAAUCAUCUUUGCUUGUCUGUAAUAAAUAUGCUUAAAUUGAGAGAUACGGGCGCCUGCAGGAUUUCAUGUUCCAUGAUUUUUGUUGCAAAAAUCACUAAAAAAAUUAAAUUCAAGUUUUAAUUUUCUUGAAUAUGUAUAAUAUUCAUGUAACUAUUAUGCACUUCUAUAUAACUUAAGUUGAGACGCUUCAGAUCAAACGAUCUGUGAGAGCAAUAACUGUAUGUUCAUAUAGGAAAAUACCCUCAAAAACAGCACGGUAGAACACAAAAACACUUUCGGUGUCAAUAAAUGCUGUUUCACUCUGGACGCGCAAGCAGAGCAGAAGCAGCACAGAAGGUGUUUGUAUGUAAGAAGCAGCAUGAGUCAAUUAUGCUUUCACUCUGGCAGUGUUUGUCGUGUGCAGCUGAACCACGGCUCGUGUACUGCAAAUACAGAGUAAGUAUCAUCUAUUAUGUCACCCUUUUGAGAUGUUCUCCUCCGACCACUGUCUGCAACAUGCUUUGAUUUAUGAUGUGCAGCAUACUCUGCUCUGAUGCAACUGUGUUCCCCUUGCAAAUGCUGAAAAAAUGCUGUAUAUAUGAUAAAAGUAAUCAUAAAGUUAAUCUAUACCUCUAGUUUUAAUCAUUUAAACAAGUUUUUGAAGUUUGGGCAAAAAAACCCAAAAAAAAAAACAGGUGUAUUUUGACCAAGAACAAGGCACUGUGGCUUUAAUUCAGUGUAAGCAGCGCAGCAAAAAUAGACUUGUGUCGAAACGAUCUCCGCACUGCUGCUUUACACAACAGCGAUGUACAAAAAAAUGGAAACGUUUUUCCUUUUGCAUUUUUCACGUACAGAUUACAACGUUGUUAAAACGAUCCCCAUUCACACAGGUCUGCGAAAGUGACUAAAAACGCUGUAUUAUGCCAGGCCAGUAGUUGGCGAUGUCACUUUGUAAAGAAACACUACGUGCCUAUAAACUAAACACAUAAUACACAUGCGCAUGACGUCACUGUUUUGACAAAUUUGUGUUUUAGUAGUUUACACAGAGAUGAUAACGAUAUUGUUUUCAAAAACUCGCACUCUGAAUCCUAUUUUCAAAUCUUUGCAUUUUCAGGCCCCCAAAACGCCGUUGUCAUGUCAAUGAGCGGCGAAAAUGCAUAAAAAGUUUCCCGUUUUUAGUUUGCUACAUUUCGUUUCUCAUUUGUAUGUUUUCGUAUGAUCUGCUUAUGCCCUACUGGCGGUUAAGGAGGUACAUCAUACUAAACACACCUGUUAGUUUCUGUAUGAAUCACAUUGUAAAAAAUCAUACGAAAAUGUAAAAAUAAUGACAUUUUCUAAUGAGAUCAAGUUGGAAUAUCCAGUUCAUCCAGCUCUCCUUGUUCUCUGUUCUUAAAGGGUUAGUUCACUUUAAAAUUACCCCAAGAUUUAGUCAUCCUCAAGCCAUCCUUUUGUUCAUUCUGAUGAACACAAUCAGAGUUAUAUUAAUAAAUAUCCUGAUGCGUCCAAGCU